CGUCGUCUGACGAGCAUCGCCGUUGGUAGAUCCUCGCUCUUGUUUACAAGCGCGAUGGUCUACGUUGCCAUGCAACACAUCAGGUGUCAAGGUGUCGCUCUCCCUAGGAAGAGGUUUUGUCUGUCUCGGUGGGCUCCAACAGGAAGACGCAGAGCACAACGCGGGAUUCCGUGAGUCUCGUUGGUGACGAACGCACGCGUGAGUAACAGUCGGCUUUGGCAUCCCGAAGUACCACAGCGAGAAGUCCGUGACAGGCCACUGGUCAGGACAUGAAAACCCGUCCGUUCGGACCCAGUGAAGCAGAGGGAGGAGGCCCCGUGCUGAAGGAAAAGCCAAAGGGCCAACGCAGACUGGGGCUGACGGUUCAGGGCCGCUCCUUUUCCAGCAAGCCCAACGUCAUAGCCUUCAAGAACUUUGAUGUUGGUAAAAUAUACAAGUUGAAAGCGGUUCUCACCAAUGUGUCCUACACCAGCAACUUCUGCCGCUACAAGGGCAUGAGCGAACAUCUGGAGGACUACGUCAGUGUGCGGUUCAAGCCUCCGGGACAGAUAUCUGCAGGAAUGUCCUUUGAGCUGAUGGUGACCUUCGAGGGGACAGUGAGUGCCAGCAGCCACACGGGGAGGGCUUCUGACGGAGUGCAGGAGCAGUCGGCUCUCGGCGUGUCCAUCGCUCCAAAAACGAGGACCUGAAUGGAGAGCUGCAGUUUGCAGCUCAGAGCGGACCCUUCACAGUGCCAGUGCAGUGCACAACGAAGAAAUGUGACGUGACGGUGGACAGGUCCAAGAUUGACUUUGACACCCACGUGGUCGGAGAGACCAUAAUAAGGAGGACCUUCACGUUGGUGAACCGAGGCGCUCUCGGGACCAGAUUCCGUUUCGUGAAGGCAGACUAUGAAGAGGCACAAGAGGUCCGGGCAGCCACCACGUGUGCGUGUGGCAGUGCCAGCCCACAGCAAGGCCCUGCAAGCACACACACUCCCGUAGGGCUGUUGUCUCCGUCAGUCGCCUCUACUCACAGGCCAGCCACAGAUAAAUUUCGAUUGAAAGCUUUCGUG